GUAGGGCUGGGCAUCUCCCUUCCCCCUUCCUCCUCCUCUUUGUCUCGCCCCCGUCCAGGAGGGGUGGGACUAUGUGGUGGGCGCCCCCCACCCAUCCUGCUCAAAAGAGGGCCGGGCUCCCUCCCGGCCCCGGGCCGGGUCUUGCAUUUGGGUGUCGUGGCCUCCGCGGGUGACCAUCCCAGCCGGGGCCGGGGGCAUGGACCCCCAGGCCCUGUACAGCUGUGCCAACUCGUCCCGGGUGAGCGGCGGGCAGUCGGCGGCCCCCAGCUGGACCCUGUUCAGCGCCGGCCUGGUGGGCAACGGGUUGGCCCUGCUCCUCCUGGGCCUCCACGGGGUCCGCGGCCGGCCGGACGGUUCGCCCCCCUCGGCCUUCGCCGUGCUGGUGGGCGGGCUGACGGUCACCGACCUGCUGGGCAAGAGCCUGGUCAGCCCCAUGGUGCUGGCCACCUACGCGCAGAACCGGUCCUUGCGGGCGCUGGGCCCGGGGGCCGGUCACCUCUGCCCCCUCUUCGCCUUCUUCAUGGCCUUCUUCGGCCUGGCCUCCAUGGGUCAGCUGCUGGCCAUGGCCCUGGAGUGCUGGCUGUCCCUCGGUCACCCCUUCUUCUACCGGCGGCACGUCACCCCUCGCCGGGGGGCUCUGGUGGCCCCGGCGGUGGGCACCUUCUGCGGGGCCUUCUGCGCCCUGCCCCUGGCCGGCGUCGGGCGCUUCGUGCAGUACUGCCCGGGCACCUGGUGCUUCAUCCAGAUGGCCGCCUCCGGCCGGGCGAGCGACCCCGGGGCCCACUCGGCCGUGGCCUUCUCGGCCCUCUACGCCACCCUCAUGGCCCUGCUGCUGCUGGCCACCGUGGCCUGCAACCUGGGCUCCAUGCGGUGCCUCUACGGCCUCCACCGCCGGGCCCGGCGCAGGAGGGGCCCGGGCACCAAGGGGGCACCGGCCCGCCCGGCCCCAACGGCCUCGGGGGCGCUGGACCAUCUGCUGCUGCUCGCCGUCAUGACGGUCCUCUUCACCGUCUGCUCCCUGCCCUUCAUCGCCCGGGCUUACGUCAGAGCGUUUGUGCCUUCCAGUAAGAUGACGAAUGCAACUCUGGAAGAGUCGAUGGAUCUCACUGCCUUAAGAUUUCUUUCUGUGAACUCAAUCAUCGACCCAUGGGUUUUCAUCAUUUUCAGGACAUCGGUAUUUCGCUCGUUUUUUCACAAGUUUUUCCGAAGGCCUCUCGCUAAAAGGAACUGGUGGUGCUGCAGAUCGGCCGCUCCUGAACCUGCUCUCUGAUGAGGUUGUGCUCUCUUAGUUCACCUGGUUAAGCCGAUCCAAGAUCUCUAAGGAGGUUGCGCUCUCUUCGUUGACCUGGUUAAGCCGAUCCAAGAUCAUCCUCGUAAUCACACUGCUCCCAUGGGCUAAUACGAGCGUGGCCGUGAUUGCUGAUUAGUCCGUAAGGCAUCCGUGAGAAUGUGACCUUGGGAAGACGUAGCGGUCUCGGAUCCUUCAUUCUGCGCCGCUCCGUAACCGAACACACAGCUUUGGUUAUUGCUUUUGACUCUUCCUGUAGUCGUCUCGAACUUGUUUUGUGAUAGAAUAACGUCCUUUGUUUUGAAAUGAUGGGAUUUGGUGUUUUACUUUUGCACUUUAAUCGCCAUUGAUUUUUAAAAAGGCAUUUAGAAAUGGAUGGGGAAAUGGCUUUGUAUCAUAGUUAACAUAGUACAUAACCUCACCGAAUGAUUGUUUACAGGGCGGAUAGCCUUCCGACAAGGUUGGACUAUUCCUUGUCGUAACGACUGCUAGCUCAAUAAUCCAGUGAAGCCUCAUUAGCUCAUCCCUGUGAUGCGGCUAGGGCAUUGAGUAGCAUAGUUGAAUUUCUUCAACUCGCACUGUGCUCUGCCUACAGGACUAUAUGAUAUAGGUUCGGGGAGGGGAGAUGGGGGUCUCAGACACCCCAUAUUCUCGGUUUGCCUCGACAUUAAUUGAAGCAGCAUGGCCUAGUGGAGAAGAGCAUGAGCCUAGGAGACAGAAGGACUUGGCUUCUGAUCCCU